UUCAGUCUAACAACUGCCAUCAUCGCUGAAAAAAAAGAAGCUUUUCGGGAGGAAAAUCCAUUUGAUCAUUUUUUUCUUCGACUUUAUGCAACUGUGAACUAUUAAGAGUAUUUUCUCAGUACAACCAAUGAGCAGAUUAAGUUAUAUGCAAAUUAUGUGUUUCCAGUAUUUUAACUGCGUGCUCCCCACGUGGAUCUUAUGAAGAUCUUUAUGGUGGAAACCACGUUAUGCCUGGUUCUAGCAGUCCUGCAGAUACUAAAUAUUGCUGUGUUGUUGUGCCUAAGUUACCAAAUUAUAUGACAGAAAACAACGCAAUAACCAUGGUCCAGCAACCGCUGAUUGAGGACCACGAAAAUACAAAUUUAAAAGAGUGUCAACUAGAAAUUCCUAGCAGUAAUAAUUCCAAAACACAACCGUGCGAAGAAGGUCCUAUAAAUAAGCCUUCAGAUUUCAAUGUUUCUACUUUAAUUGAUAACUCAGGAACUUCAGAAAUUCAUUUGAAUACUACGGAUCCAGAUUACGGUGGAAAUAAAAAAGACUAUACUCUUCCUUACUACCCUUCUAUGGUGCCUAAAAGAUGGAAACAUUUAAAAAAACAUAUAAUUAACAAACGAAACAGAGGAGAAAACAAAAAAACAACGACUACUAAGUCCUUAAAAUAUUGUCCUAAACAAAUGAAAAAGGGAAAACAGGUGAAUGGACUUCAAAAGAGAUGGCAAAAUUUGGGCAAUAAUUGUUUCAAGGAAUCAGAAGCAUGCUCGAAGUAUUCGAGAAAGCCAAAUAAAGGUUUCGUGGUUAUUUCUAAAGGAAGCACAACAAAACUACUAAUUAAAUCUAGAAAAUCUGAGAGAACAUCCUGCUCUGUCCAAAGAAAGUUACUUCCUACUGGAAAAUGUCGAAUUUUAAAACAAAAGAGUGAUAGCUUAACUGUCUCACUUAGUACAAAUGGUAAAGAAAAAAAGUCAAACAGUGACAUAAAGGAAUACGAACAAUCUCUCUGUCUUUCAUCAUCUGAAGACAAUAAUCGACUUAGCCGUUCCAGUCCAAGAAAACAAAUGAAAACAAGACAGUCUUUGGAAGAUGAACAUGGACAGUUCCCUGCCAGUUCUAUAGAGCUAAAGAGAGCUAAAUCUUCGUACAAAUGUCAAAUUCCAAAAGUAACUAAUCGCAAUAAAAAGGUUAGUUCAGUACUAAAGCAACCAAAUAGUCGAAGUGAUUACUUUCCGUCACAAAGUGUUAACCACAGCUUUACAAAAGUCAAAAAGGUAUCACCAUUGUCUGUCUAUACGAGUAUUUACGAUAACUUUAUUUCAUCCGUGACAUGCAAACGCUUCAAAAGAAAAUCCACUAAACGAAAACUAGAUGGGCCAGGAAAUGAGUCAUUCAAAAAAUCUUGCUCUGAUGAACAAGGUCAAAAUAUACAAAUAAAAAGGAAGAAAAGAAAUCUAAAAUCCCAAUCACCUGACUGUUCCGCUCAUAACAACGUUGAUGAAGUGGUUAAAGAUGUGAUUAACGAUAUAAUUGAUUCAGUUGUUCAAACUAACCUCAAUGUGGAAGAAGAUAUUAAUUUCCAUGAACCUUCUGCGAGGGAAAAAAGCCUUCUUGUAGAGUUCUGCAAUGAAUAUGGAUUUGACGAAAAUGAAUUUUUAAAUUUACGAGCAGUUCUUAAUCCCUAUAUAAGAUCCCCUGAUGAUGAUGACAUGUUUUUCCUACCUCCAAAGGAAUGUUCUCAACAUAAACCACUGUCUAAAAAGAGAAAACUUGGAAGAUAUCGGAGAAGAGGAUUGAAAAAAGAGUCUAUUGGUGGAAACCAAAUAAAGACAAUGCAGCCAAGAAAACGGAAACCGUACAAGCGAAGAAUAUCAGGAUCUAUUCCUACUAGGAUAUUAAAAACAAGAGCUUCAUGUAGAAGAAACAAUAUAUAUAUUGAAGACUAUCAUAAUUUUAGCACUACUAAUAAAGUAACGGAAUGUUGUUCAGGCGAUUCUGAAACCACUCGUGUACACACAAACUGCCUUGAAUUAUCAAAUACACUGAACAGUGUUUCAGAAAAAAGCACAAAUAAAACAUCUAAGUUUUUAGACACAUUGCACUCUCAAGAACCAGCUGAAAGUGGGAUUUUAUUAGCGAAUAAUAAUAAUGACAUGAAUGGCACUACUUCUGCUGUUAAAGACAUUAGUCUUAAAACUGAACCAGUGAAAGCUUUAGAAAAAGGUAAUUCUGAAAAUAUUGACAAUUCAGACAAUCUUAGUAUUCGCAGUUCUGUGCGUGAGAAAGAAAUGUAUUUUGAAACUGAAAAUGAUUUUAGUGGAGUCGAAACUCUCCAAGAAACUGAGAUACUACAGCAAAAAGACAGCAAUAAUAAGGAAACAAUAGUAGAUCAACAUAUCAAAAGCAACGUGUGCGAGGCAAAAUCUCACCAUGUCGGUGACUUAACUUCUUUGAAUAAUACAGAUGAAGUUGGAGUCAGGUCAAACUCUAUCGUUCAAAGAAAGUCAGCAAUAUAUGAUAAGCAUACUUCAGCUGAAGAUGCACCUUCACUGGAGAAAAUGUCAAACACCACCUUAGAUUGCAGUGAAGACAAUCAAGUUAUUGCUCAUGAAACUAUAGAACGAUGUACUCUCAAGGCCAAAGCUAAAUCAGUGCUGGACACGCCUUCAGUAUUUCAGAGAAAUGUGAACAAAACUAACAAUAUACAAGAAAUUACUGAAGAGCCUGUUAGUGAAAAAUGGAUUUUAGAGGACAACAAAAACAGCCAAGAAAUUCAUGAAACUGUAAAACAUAGAAACAUUAACACUGCUGCCAUAUUUAUCAAUGAAGAAAGGGACAAAUAUCCCAGCAAAACCAGACAGACUUCAAUUGUACCUGAGGAACACCAUGUAGUAGAUAUUCCACUAGCAGAGGAGGUAGCUAAAGGGAACUUCACCAGUGACAAAGAAGAGAAGUCAUCUAGUAACAAUGUGAUUACUAAGAAACCCAAAGGUCUUGAAGAAGUAAUAUUAUCUUUAACAAAAGAGACGAUUAAUGCCAAUUGUGAAAGAUUGAAAAAUACUCCUCAUGUUACAACACAAAGUGCAAAUAAGGCCUCAGAUGACCAAGACAUAAUAUCAGUAAAUGAAAUAUACGUAGGUGGCGAUACAAAAAUAAAAGCAAUCAAAUGCUAUUCUGAAACCUUUCCGGAAGCCUCAUCCUUCACCUGUCAGAGUAAUAAAUCUCAUUCAUAUGAAAGACUUUCACCAGAAUGUGUUAAAAAAGAACUAGAUUUGGUACCAUGUUCACAAAUAGAAAGUACUGACAAUAACAAAGAAGAAUGCGAUAAUAUGCCUUCCGUUUCUAACCCGAAUGUACAAAAUAAGCUUAUAUCAGGGAUGGAAGAAAUCCAUAAUUUUCAAAAAGGUUCUAACUGUCCUUUACAAGAUAUUAACGACAAUGAUGAAGCAGUUGGAAUUAUCACGGUGGAGAACGAUUCAUCAGAUUCACGUACAGAGGUCAAUCAGUUUGAGGAAGACCAUGAAGAGUCGCACCAGGAGAGGAUAAAAAUCCCACUGGAUUUGAGCAAGACCAGAGAACCAGACUACGAGACAAAGGAUUCAAGAUACGAUACAAUGAUAGGAACCGGUUUCGAUAUUCAAUCUGUUACAGAAGAGAAGAUAAAUAUAAACAAACACAGUGGAGGUAAAACAGUAAAACCUUAUAUUGAAAACACAGGAGGCUUGGUUGGACAAGACCAAAACAAGUCAAAUAGUUUAUAUGGAAAGACAGUGAAAACUCCUGUUCUUAAAGAAACGGUGAAAGAAUCGGUUCUUCUGAAACUCUUAAACAAUGGAUUAUUGAUAACACCACCUGGUGAGCAAGAAGCUUCAACUCGUCCUGUAUCAAAUAAAAAUGACGUUUUUCAAUCCGCAGUUCCUUCUUUCAAUAACCACGUCAUACAUAAAGCAAAAACGGUCAAUACAACUAACACAUCGUCUUACGACAAUACCUUUUUAUGUUCCGAAAGUGACGCUGCAACUCGUUUAGAUAAAAAACUAGGUAGUAGCGAACGAAAAAUAAACCAAGAGAAGAAACAUAUCGAGACAGAAAAAUGGCCAAGUUUCCUGGAAAAUGAAGAAAUUGGAUGCACGUCAAUAAAAGAUAAGAUAGCAAGGCUCAGACGAGAAAUAUUUUAUUUGGAUUUGAUGGCAGAUCAAAAGGAAAAGGAGAAAUUAUUGAUUGAACAAUUCAAGAAGCAGAAAGAAGAAAAAUUAAAACGCAUAUAUCAGAAACAAACCCUACUUUCCAAUUUAACAAAUAAAAAAAUGCAAAAAGAUAAAAGAAUAGCAACUAGUCCUUUACCAUUGGCACUUAGUAUGAAAAACCAAGGGGAAAACGUCAAGAACGUUUCAACCAAUGAAAUGGCUAAAGAUCAUGGUAAUUGCUUUCCAAAUGCAUUAAUUGAUCAGCCAAUGCCUAAUUUAUAUUCCCAGAAAACGUGUGGCUUUCAGAAUAAUUAUUUACUAAAUGAAUUUUUAACUAAUAGCUCAGCUACUCAAAGAGCACCGAAAGAUAUUCAACGGCAGACCAUUACAGCGCGAGAUUUUAUGGCAGAUGUACAAAGUGCUACAUCAAUUAAUUGUGAAACAACUCAAAGCACUACUGUCCCAAGGAGUGAUAGUCAAGUUGCAAAGUUUUGUAAUUCUCCUCGCAGAGUUGAUAUCUCCAAGAGCUCUACAAGUACAUUAUCUCUCGACCAUUAUCUCGAAAAUCUAACAAACGUAGAACAGAUCAGUAAUGUCUCACCAAGAGGACUUACGAACAAUAACUCUAGGCAAACCUUGGGCCAAACGCGAUUUAGAAAAAUACGUCCAAAAACAUUAUCCACAAUAGAAACGGUAUUCUCGCCAAAAUCUAAACAUGAACAAAACGCUACUCUAUCUGCUGGAGUGAAUCAGUCUGUUACUCAACAGCACUUACCUUUGUACCAGGGAAAAAUCAACCCUUUUCAACAAAAAGUACCUGCCCCUCAAGGAAAAUCUUCUGGUAAUUCACAACAAAUUCUGCUGCCGCCUGGAGACUUUGCUGGUAUUCCACAAAAGGUAUUGCUGUCUCAGGAAAAUCCAAUUAGCGUUCCACGACAAAUACCGUUUUCUCGGAGUAAAUCCUCUGGAAGUUCACAAGAAUUAUCGCCGUUUAACGUAAAAGUCACUGAUGUUCCACAGGAAGUGUCCGUCAAAGAAAUGAGCUCUACAGCUAAUCCACAGCAAGUAUUGCUAUCCCAGGGGAACUCCACUAGUUUUCCAAAGGACGUGCCAUCUUUUAAGGAAACAUCCAAUAGUGUUCCCAACCAAGGGAGCUCUUUAGAUUCCAAAAAUAUAUCAAGUGGAACAUCAAUUAACAGCCCAGUGUCCGCGGAUCAAUUACUUUAUAUUCCCAUUGAACUUCAGUGUUGGAAUUUUCUUUUAGCCUGUGCACAAGCCAUGGCAAACCAAAACUCUCUUCUUAGUCAAGUUGUGGCCAGUAAAAAUCCGUUUCUUAGUCAAGACCUGGGUAAUGUAACAUCGAACUUUAGUCAGUCUUUGAACACUGAAAACCCACUACUCGGUCAGAUUAUCGCUAAUCAAAACACCUUACUCGGUGGUAAUGUGUCUCUUCAAAAUACGUUUCCACUACAAGAAAAUUCAAAGCUUUCCAAAGAAAUCUUUAAUAACAAGUCAAAUAAGAGCUUAACGACUGAAGAGUCAGCGACGAUAGUGGACUCUCCAAUAAUGUGUAAACAGUCACCACCUGCCGCCUGUACUACUUCAACAGCUGUAUCUGAUAGUCAUGUGGAUGCUAGUUCUGCAAAGAAAAUUACUGAUGCUUCAAUAAAGUCACCUGCGUGUGGUGCAUGUGGUGCCAAAGACCCUUGUUACAUAUGUUCGGGUUGCCAAAAGGAAUGGUACUGCAGUAUGCUGUGUCAGUUUAAAAACUGGACUGAACACUCAAAAACAUGCCGGAAGGUUUGAAGAUAUUUACUUCUUGAAAAGGGAGGUGAAGAAGUCAGUGGAUGUGCUUUAAAAUUUUGAGUGCUUUAACUUUAAUAUUCAAUGUGAACUGUUUGAUUUAAAAACAGAGUGUAUAUAAUGCACGGUAUUAUUAGUAGUAAAAUUAUUUUUACAUCUGGA